UCUGAUAUUGAUUUUUUUUUCUCUUUUCUUGUGACCUGGGGGGAUCGGCACAAUGCACAUUUCACUGAUCGGCACAAUGCAGCUCAACAAAAGAACCUGGAUGGAUAUGUUGGCUUUGCAAGCCUCCCCAAUCAAGUGUACAGGAAGUCUGUGAAGAGGGGCUUUGAGUUCACCCUGAUGGUUGUGGGCGAAUCUGGCCUGGGGAAGUCGACUUUGAUCAACUCGCUGUUCCUAACAGACCUGUAUUCAGCAGAGUAUCCUGGACCUUCACACAGAAUCAAGAAGACUGUACAGGUGGAGCAAUCUAAAGUCUUAAUAAAGGAAGGAGGCGUCCAGCUGCUGCUUACAAUAGUUGACACCCCAGGGUUCGGGGAUGCCGUCGACAACAGCAACUGCUGGCAGCCAAUCAUCGACCACAUAGACAGCAAGUUUGAAGACUACCUGAACUCAGAAUCACGGGUGAACAGACGGCAGAUGCCUGACAGCCGGAUCCACUGCUGCCUUUAUUUCAUCGCUCCCUCUGGACACGGACUGAAGCCCUUGGACAUCGAGUUCAUGAAACGGUUGCAUGAAAAAGUCAAUGUCAUCCCCCUGAUCGCCAAAGCAGACACUCUCACCCCAGAGGAAUGCCAACAGUUCAAGAAGCAGAUCAUGAGAGAAAUCCAAGAGCACAAAAUCAAGAUUUACGAGUUUCCUGAGACGGAUGACGAAGAGGAGAACAGGCUGGUGAAGAAAAUUAAAGACAAGCUGCCGCUGGCUGUGGUGGGAAGCAACACCAUCAUCGAGGUGAAUGGCAAGAGGGUGAGGGGAAGGCAAUACCCCUGGGGGGUUGCAGAAGUUGAAAACAGCGACCAUUGUGACUUCACCAUCCUCAGGGACAUGCUCAUCAGGACUCACAUGCAGGACCUGAAGGACGUGACCAACAACGUCCACUAUGAAAACUACCGCAGCAGGAAACUGGCCGCUGUCACCUACAACGGAGUGGACAACAACAAAGCAAAAGGACAACUGUCCACCAAUAUGGACACAGUUGAAGGAAUGAGUCCCCUGGCCCAGAUGGAGGAGGAGAGGCGAGAGCAUGUGGCCAAGAUGAAGAAGAUGGAGAUGGAGAUGGAACAGGUGUUCGAGAUGAAAGUCAAGGAGAAGGUGCAGAAGCUGAAAGACUCUGAGGCAGAGCUUCAGCGGCGUCACGAGCAGAUGAAGAAGAACCUGGAGGCUCAACAUAAGGAGCUGGAGGAGAAGAGACGCGUCUUCGAGGAUGAGAGGUCAAACUGGGAGCUCCAACAGCGGCUGGAGCAGCAGAAGAUGGAGGCCUCCAGGACUCUGGAGAAAAACAAAAAGAAAGGAAAGAUCUUCUAAAGACAGUCAGCGGGACCAGCCCAGUUCCAGUUAUUUUUGAUUUGCCAACGUUGCCGGUCAGAACACCUGAAUGUGGCGCUCUGACUCCACCCAUUACUCCCACCUUCAUCUCUUCUCCUCUUCCCUGUUUUCACUCUCUCCUGUGCUCUUCCUGCUCCCAGCCACUAGAGAUCACACUCGAGCCAGUUUUUUUUUUUUUUCUUCUUUUCUUUUCUUUUUUUAAAUUCAAGCCAGAGGUCAGAGGGCGGUUUGCGUAUACAGCCAGAACCCCUUCUCACUGCCCAGGACUCAUCAUCAUUAAGGAAUGUGUUUACCUUAACAACAGGAAAAAAAACUCCCCUUCAGUAAAGCCAAACCCACAUUAUUAUUUUUAAUUAUUAUUAUUAUUAUUGAUGUUAUUAUUGCUGUUGUUGUUAUAACUCAACUACUGUCUCCACCUUGGCUACUGCUCUUUAUUUUUGUUUUCAUCCACAAGGUGGCUUCAGAUGACCAUUGUGUACAGAUUUUUGGAGAGCAAAGACGGAAACAAAUUCUCACGAGUUAUGUUUGACAGUUGAACAAUCAAGUUUUUCUUUCAUUUCAUGUUUAUAAGAAAGAAACAGUGUUUGGAAAAUUAAUCAGAUCUCACACAAUAAAAGAAGAUUUUUGUUUAAAAUUGAAACCUGCAAACAAGCGUCUCUUGAAUAAAGACACCGGUACAAAAUAAAAAUAAAAAUCAAGAGAAAACAUAGCAUGCACCUUGGGCCUUUUUAUAGACUUUUUAAAAAUGGCUAAAAUUCAUUUUAUUCUGAAGUGUAAGAAGUUCUUUUUCCUCCAUGUUUAGCUGUUUCCUCUAGCCUUGGACCACCAUUUAUAAUAAGUGUUCUAUCUCACUUUAGUUUAUUUUUAUAUAUAUAUAUAUACACCAAGCCAGCUGAAGUAAUAACUUUUCUAUGUUUAGUAAAUUCUCACAGACUGACAGCAGAGUCCUCUGUUGAAGUCGUGUAAAAGUCCCAUGGGACUUUGAAAAUAAAAAUUGGCAUCACUGUGGAAACAGAUCAGUGGGAAAUGAAGAGUCAACACCACAUUUUGCUUUGGCUAUGUACUCCAUCUGUAAUUUUAAUUUUAUUUUUCAUUUGUAAUGUACAAUGUCACUUAAUAAACAUGUGAUGGUA